AUGGAGACCCAGGAAGGAGCUGAACUCUGCUUUCCACAGCUAAACUCCUCCUGCAAGAAGCCUACACAUCCACACACUGAGGCCAUGCUGAUUUACGUUCUGCUUUCAUCCAUCUCUCUGAUCACUGUAGCUCUUAACCUGCUGGUCAUCAUCUCCAUCUCCCACUUCAGGCAGCUCCACACCCCCACCAACCUCCUCAUCCUCUCCCUGGCUGUCUCUGACCUUCUUGUGGGCCUCCUGCUGAUGCCGGUUGAAAUAAUCUACAUAGAGUCUUGCUGGUUUCUCGGUGACAUCGUGUGCACUCUUUAUUACGUUGUAGACUACAUUAUUACGUCUGCCUCAGUAGCCAAUAUGGUGCUCAUAUCAGUUGACCGCUAUAUAGCCAUCUGUGACCCACUGCAUUACUUCACUAAAGUCACAAAGAGAAGGGCACAAACAUGUGUGUGUUUGUGUUGGAUUUGCUCUGUUUUCUAUAGAGUUUUCCUUUUACAUGAUCACCUGGAGAAACCGGGCAGGUCUAAGUCAUGUUUUGGAGAGUGUGUGGUUGUUAUUAAUUACAUUUCAGGAGUUGUUGAUGUUGUUUUCACUUUUUUUAUACCCGUUACUGUCAUCAUAGUUCUGUAUAUGAGAGUGUUUGUGGUGGCUGUGUCUCAGGCUCGAGCCAUGCGCUCUCAUAUUGCAGCUUUAACAGCCCACCGCUCAGGGACUGUAACUGUGAAGAAACAAGAGAUGAAAGCAGCUCGAACUCUUGGUAUUGUUAUUGUUGUGUUUUUGGUGUGUUUCUGUCCGUACUAUUACCCCACUCUGGCAGGCGAAGACACUUCAAUUGAUGCUUCAUCUGCAGCCUUUGAGAUCUGGCUGGCACAUUUUAACUCGUGUUUGAACCCUGUCAUCUACGCCUUCUUCUACCCCUGGUUCAGAAAAUCUAUAAAACUCAUCCUGACGCUUCAAAUACUGAAGCCUGGUUCCCGUGAUGCUAAAAUACUAUAG